AUGCGGGUAACACUUUUGAUUCUGACGCACCUUAUUGCAACUGCGUUCAGUACAAGCGUGAUACCACCCAGUAGCUGGAAUUACACCUACCCAUGGCCAGUACAAUACCACAACUUCACAUCCCAACGUGUAAGCCUCUCUAUGGCAUACAUGGAUGUAUCCUCGACGAACACCAGCCACGCCUCUAACAAAACAAUCAUUCUCUUACAUGGCAAGAACUUCUGUGGAGCGACAUGGGAAGACACUGCUCGUCGGCUCUCUCAACACGGUUAUCGUAUCGUCAUCCCAGAUCAAAUCGGCUUUUGCAAAUCGUCGAAACCACCAGCAUACCAAUUCUCGUUGCAGCAGCUAGCAGACAACACACGCUCGUUACUUCAAAGUCUAGGCAUUCAAUCAACAUACGUGCUAGGCCAUUCCAUGGGCGGUAUGCUAGCGACGCGAUUCGCCCUGAUGUAUCCAGAACUAGCAUCCCACCUCAUCGUUACGAAUCCCCUCGGUCUAGAAGACUGGAAAGCUCUCGGCGUACCCUGGCGCACGCUUGACGCAUUGUACAAAGACGAAAUGGCGACGAACUACACAUCGAUUCGGAAAUACCAGCAAGCUACCUACUAUGUCAACACUUGGAAACCAGAGUACGAUGUUUGGGUCAACAUGUUGGUCUCACUGUACCAGACCGCGCCGGAAAAUACCACGUUUGAGUACAACAUGGCGCAGACAACAGAUAUGGUGCUGACCCAGCCAGUCGCGUACGAGUUUGGAUUAAUCCAGUCCAAGACAUUGCUCUUGAUAGGAACGAAGGAUAACACUGCGAUUGGGAAGGCUUGGAGCCCACCAGACGUGCAAGCCAAGCUUGGAAAGUACAAUGUGUUGGGUAAAGAGACCGCAGUGAAGAUACCGAAUGCGGAUCUGAUAGAAUUCGAAGAUCUGGGGCAUAGUCCGCAGGUACAAGACAGUGAGAGGUAUCACCAGGCUUUAUUGGGGUGGUUGGAUGGUUCUGGUCACAUGUAA